AUGUCGCUAGUGCAAGGGUACUCAAGUUCCGAAGAAGGGGAAGAAGAAGAAGAAGAAGAAAAGAAUGUGAAGGAAGUGGAGGUAAAGAGAUUGGGAGAUGAAGUUGACCAACCACACAAACGGCAAAAGACACAAUCGUCCACAUUUCAAGCAAUUCCAUACGAUGCAGCCAAAUUUGAAGCCAAUAUCCAACAAGCAAAACUCAAAGAGGCCAAAGCCAGAGCAAAAGAACUUAAACAACGACGCAAAAAGAAUGGAGGCGAUCCAUGGGCACCGAUUCACUCAGAGCAGACGCAAGUGUAUCAACCAAGUGAGCCAGCACAGAUAGUUAACGAAGAGGAUUCUGACGAAAAAGAAGCAGAGUUCAACGACAAAUUCAAACCGACUUCAGAGUUUGUUGGUUCGAGUGAAUUCGACUACCAGGGGAGAUCUUAUAUGCACAUACCCAACAGUCUUGUAAAGAAAGUACCAGGCGACCAAGAAUGUUUUGUCCCCAAACUGGUUAUUCACACGUUUUCAAAAGCACACCCCAAGGGAGUCAACAAGCUACAAUUUUUCCCCCAAUCCGGCCACCUUCUCUUGUCGUGCGGGAACGAUGGAUUGAUCAAAUUGUGGUCAGUGUACGACUCAUUCGAACUACUACGCAACUACAAGGGCCACAAAUUGGCAGUAAAGGAUGUAUGUUUCAACUCCACCGGGUCGCACUUUCUCAGUUGUGGGUAUGACAAAUUGGUUCGAUUAUGGAAUACCGAGACCGGUGAGGUGAUAAAGACAAUUGAAACAUCAUCAGUGCCCAAUGUCGUUCGAUUCAACCCCAACAAUGAAUCCGAAUUCAUUAUCGGUUUACAAAACCACAAAAUCGAGCACUUUAGCCUAACCGCGAUCCAUAACCCCAUACAAGUGUACGACCACCACAUUGGCGCCAUAAAUGACAUACUAGCAACUCCGGAAACGUUCAUAUCUACAUCGGAUGAUAAAUCCAUCCGGGUAUGGAAAUGGCAAAUCAACAUCCCAAUCAAAGUCAUUUCGGACCCAUCACAAUUCUCAACGCCAUCAAUCAAGAAACAUCCCACGGCAAACUACAUUGCUUUACAAAGCAUGGAUAACUGUGUCAAGGUGAUUCAUUCUACAGGUAAGUACAAAUGGAACAAGAACAAGGUGUUUAAGGGCCAUCAGAGUGCGGGGUACGGCAUUGAGGUUGGGUUCUCACCCGAUGGGAAAAUUGUAAUGAGUGGAGAUUCACAAGGUUAUGCAGUGUUUUGGGAUUGGCAAAGUAAGAAGAUUGUCAAUAAGUGGAAAUUAAGCACGGCGCCGAUCAAAUGUAUCGUUUUCCAUCCGUUGGAAACUAGUAAAGUUGCCGUAGCUGGUACUAGUGGCGAUAUAUACUACUGCGAUUGA